AUGGCUGCCAUGCCAAAACCCUCCGACUCCAAGACGGGCGGCAAGGCCACCGUCUUGCUCGGCUCCCAGUGGGGUGACGAGGGCAAAGGCAAGCUCGCCGAUGUGCUCAGCGGUCAGAUGGACGUCUGCGCUCGAUGCGCCGGCGGAAACAACGCCGGGCACACCAUCGUCGCCGACGUCAACGGCGUCAAGACCAAGUUCGACUUCCACCUGCUGCCGUCGGGUCUCGUCAACCCUCGCUGCGCCGGCUUCAUCGGCUCGGGUGUCGUGGUGCACGUCCCUUCCUUCUUUGCCGAACUCGACACCAUCCAGAAGAAGGGCCUCAACUGCGACGGCCGUCUCUUCAUCUCUGAUCGUGCCCACCUCGUGUUCGACUUCCACCAAGUCGUCGACGGUCUGAAGGAGGUCGAGCUCGGCGGAAGCAGCAUCGGCACCACCAAGAAGGGUAUCGGUCCGGCCUACUCUUCCAAGGCUUCGCGAUCGGGUCUACGAGUCCACCAUCUUUACGAUCCGGAGCUCUUUGCGUCCAAGUUCCGCAAGCUCGUCGAGGGCCGCUUCAAGCGAUACGGUCACUUUGAGUACGACACCGAGGGCGAGAUCGCUCGCUACCGUGCCUUUGCCGAACGACUGCGCCCUCACAUCGUCGACGGUGUCACCUUCAUCCACACGGCCUUGGCGCAGAACCGCAAGGUGCUGGUCGAAGGUGCCAACGCUCUGUUCCUCGAUAUCGACUUUGGUACCUACCCCUUCGUCACCAGCUCGUCGACUUCGAUCGGAGGCGUGCUCACUGGUCUCGGCAUCCCGCACACCGCCAUUGGCGAUGUCAUCGGUGUCAUGAAGGCCUACACCACGCGUGUCGGCAUGGGACCGUUCCCCACCGAGCUUCACGAGGAGGUUGGUCACCACCUGCAAGAAGUGGGAGCCGAGUACGGCGUCACCACGGGCCGACGUCGUCGCUGCGGCUGGCUCGACCUGGUCAUGAUGCGCUACUCGUGCCUCAUCAACGGCUACUCCAGCCUCAACCUGACCAAGCUCGAUGUGCUCGACCAGCUCAAGGAGCUCAAGAUCUGCGUCGGUUACGUCGUCGACGGCAAGGAGCUGCCCAGCUUCCCUGCCGACCUCGAGGUGCUGGCAAAGGUCGAGGUGCAGUACAAGACGCUGCCCGGAUGGCAGCAGGACAUCUCCAAGGCCACCACCUGGGAAGAGUUGCCAGAAAAUUGCCGCAACUACGUCGAGUUUAUCGAGCAGUUCCUCGGCGUCAAGAUUGAGUGGAUCGGCGUCGGCCCUGCUCAAUCAAAAUAUGUUUUGUUUGACUUUGCAAGCUGUGAUUCGGCGUCGAGCGGUCGAAACCAUCCUGAAAACUCUCAGAUGCCUCCGCAGCAUCGUGACCUGGUCGUGGAUCGGUCUCGGAGCGAGUUCAGUCCAGGACCUGCCGAACCAUUCCGGCUUUCUUCUCUCGUGCGUAUUGCCGUCUCUCUUCCCAGCAACUACAGGCACAUGGUUCCUGUUGAGUCACCCGUCUCAAGCGUGCAUCCUGGUGACCGUGUUUCGGAUUCAUUCCGACUUGUGACCCGCAAGGCAGCGACCUGUGGAUGUCAUUGCGACUACAAUCAGAAAGAUCGGCCUCGACCCUUGAGUUGA